AUGGAGGAGCCCGCGGAUGUAUGGGCGGAGGUUCAGGUUGCUGGGGAGUGCCAGCGUGUUUCGUGUAUUUCGUGCGUAAGGUAUGGUUCGUCAAUUGCUUCCACCCGGCAAACCCACCCCGUUCCUACCCGACCGGGCUCUCCGACUCUUCCCUACGUAGUUCCUCCAGAUCGUCUUAAACAACUUCACCUCUCCAUCUCGACUCUCUAUCUGGGAACAGAGAAAGCUACAAGAAUGAUGUCUCCCCAAGCAGCCUACACGCCCGAGCAAACGCCGACGGUCAUCCGCGCCCGCAAACAUCUCUCGGGAACGCGCGCCAAGCAGCUCCUCCGCGCGGCGGAGCGCGACUACAACGAUCCCCCGCCGCCGCCGGGGCUGGGCGAGUGCUGUGGCAGCUCGUGUGACCCCUGCGUACGGGAUCUCUGGCGGGAGGAGCUGGCCGUUUGGCGCGAGAGGUGGGGGGAGGCUGCCGAGGAGGAGUCUUCGGAGAAGAAAGCCCAGGAGGGGGAGGAGGGGAAGAGGAAGAUGCCGGGGAGUUGGGAGUGGUGA